AUGUUGCAAGAUACCCCACAUCCUAAUAUUGUUAAAUUUUAUGACAUAGUAAAUGAUUCGGGUGGAGAUAUCGUUCUAGUAAUGAAAUUUACCGAAGGUGGAAAUUUGCGACAGUAUUUAAAGUUUAAUUUAAACAUUAUUAGAAAAUCAAAGAUUGCGAAAGACAUUGUGGAAGGCAUAAUAAAAACAUUAUUCAUUGUGAUAUG